AUGCCAUCUCUACAGCGCUUCAGCUUACCAGACGACGUGCUCUACUCCAAGUUGCUUACCGUCGCUUCGCAGCAAGGCGAUCGUUCCAUUGUCGAUGAUCGCAUUUGUGGUACCCAUUUUGGUUAUCUUGAUAUUUUGCAUGGUACAGCUAAGCUGAAACAUGAACUGGAGCAGUCUCUCGACCUGUCUGUGCUGGGGAAGCGUGGAGACUUCUUCGUAGCUCUCCUGGCGCCUGCAGGAUUCGAGUUCAUUGUUGGUGUACUGGCCACUCUGGCACUAGGAGGAGUCAUCGUGCCCGUUCCGAUCGGAGCAUUGCCGGCUGAGGCAGCAUACGUUAUACGCCACUGUCAAGCACAGAUUCUGCUUGCAGGACCUGAACAAGCUCAGCUUGUGGCAGAGAUACAGGCAGAGAAUCCGACUCCCUCACUGGCGAUACCAGGUCAGGCUGAAAACACCAACACCCUUCCGCUAGUUACAUCCUACGUCUUAGACAGGUCUCUAGCUGUCACUGAGGAUACGCCAAGCAUUCUCUUCUUUACCUCAGGCACCACAGGACCUCCUAAAGGAGUUCUGCAUGCUCGUCGCACGAUCAACAAGUAUGCUCGUGAUCCCACGAUUGAGCGUCUUGACGAGGUCUGUCUGCUGCCAAGGGGAGCGUUCUGGUCCAUCUACUUCACCAAGCUCUUUCAGAUGCUUCUCCUGGGCGUUCGUAUCGAGAUCAACAACUUUGGCCGCAACUAUGAUCUGAUUUGGGAGAAGCUGCGUCAGAAGAUCGGCACUAAGAUCGUCCUGAGUCCAACGUUCUGGUAUGGUAUGAUGACGCAUUACAACUCGAACAUAGCCGGUCUGGACGAUUCAAGAAGGAUGGAAUAUGUCGAUGGCUUGAGAUACCUGAGAGAUGCAUGUAUGACGGGCGCCAUGCCGUCCGUCAGAUUGAAGGAGUUUUGGAAAGAUCUCAGGGGUGGCAGACCGCUCAAAGUCUUGUAUGGCACCACUGAGACACAAGAGAUCGCGGUCGUUCACGAAGAUGACUACUCAUUGGAGGCUGACCUGGGAACGCCACUUGCCAACGUCACCAUCAAGUUGUCUGGUGGAGAUCAAGGGGAGGUCCUGGUCAAAACUCCAUCUCUCUUCUUAGGCUACCUGCAUUCGAUCGCAGAGUCCACACGAAGGUUCGACUCGGAAGGCUACUUCAGGACCGGUGACCUUGCAUUCCGACAGAACGGACGUAUUGUUCUCACAGGACGAGCAAACAUGGAUUUGUUCAAAUUCUACACAUACAAGGUGCCUCGAUUGCAGGUCGAGAAUCGUCUCCUCGCCCUCCCAUAUCUGCAGGAAGGCUACAUAAUGCCCGUGGAAGAUCCCCAAUGUGACACCAGAGUGGCAGCAUUGGUACGAAAAACAGAUCGCACCGCCAAAGUUGACUUGGAACGAAUCCGAAGGGACUUGAAUGUGGAUCUACCAGCGUAUCAAUUGCCGACUGUGCUUCGUGUCUUGGAAGACAACGAGGUAGUGCCACGUACGUGGUCAGACAAAACGGCUAUGGCGAAGGCGGUCCAUCUCUUCUUUCCCCUGGAUACUGAGCAACGUUUGAUGGUAUCCAGACUCGAAGUCAUGGACAUCAGUGAAUUCAUGAAAGCAACCACAGAGAAGAUGUGGGACUUAUCUGGGAUGCGGUAG